AUGACGCGCUGCAACAUUUUGUCAACAGACCUUCAACAACGCGUCUUAUUUUCCAGCAGAAGACAACUUAUAAACUAUGCGAUUUCAUAUUCUAGCGACAGGUGUGGCGGCGUCCAGGAUUAUCGGCGGAGACGUAGCCAUGGGCCGCAAUUCUUAUAUUCAAGAAACUUCAAAGGCGACAUUUCACUCAUCAAGACACGUGACUAUUUAUCCUUCUCGGAUAACGUGAAGCCUAUUUCGUGGCCUGCACAAAAGGACGCGUUUUGGACAGAUGAAUUGGAAGCAACCGUCCGUGUAUGUGGCUGGGGGAAGACUCAAGUACGUCCGGAAGUCUACCCAGAAGAACUAAACUGUGUUGACGUUGAUCUUGUUGACAGUGAGUAUUGCAACUCCGUGAUAUCGUACUCUGGUUGGGUCUACGAGGGAAUGUUCUGCGCAGGGGUGAUGCCAGACGGGGGUAAAGACGCUUGCCAGGGCGAUUCAGGAGGUCCAGUUAGAAUGGACGACAAAGUAAUUGGAGUGACAUCUUGGGGCCUCGGCUGCGCGCAGGCUUUCCUCCCUGGUGUGUAUACCGAUGUGGGCUUUUACAGUACCUGGCUGGGCGACAUUAUGAACCAGUAUUGA